UCGAAUUCUUACACUACACCACGCCUUAGUACUAGUCCCGUUAAUUUCCCAUCUUCCCUUUCCUCAAACCACUGUCCCUCUCAUCUCUCUGCACCAAAAACAACCCAAAGCAACUCAGAAGUACUACUACUCUCUCCAGUUCUCGCUUCUCUCUCUCUCUCUCCACUAAACAAAACAAAAACCUCCACAAUUCACACACACACUCACUACACUAACACACUAACACAUUAUUUUUUUCAUUUUUAUUUUUCUCCUCCAUCAAGUCAUUCAUUCUCUCUCUACAACACACCUCUCUCUCUCUCUCUCUUGUUAGAGAGAGAAUCUCGCCAUGAAAUCCAAAACCGGCGGAAACGGUCUCACUCAUGAGACCGUCGGCGUCGGCGGGGGGUGCGGGAGCAGCAGCUCUCCAAGUCCUCCGCCGUCGCCGCGUCGUCACUCGGGUGGUCCGCGGUGCCGGAGGCGGGUGAGGCCGGAGAAGAAUUCGUCGGAGAGCCGGCGGCUGGUGGCCGGCAUUAUGGCGCGGCGGAGCCUCCGGUUCUUCUUCCUGCUGCCGCUGGUGUACAUCUCGGGGCUGCUGAUGUGCGUGGGGCCCUUCUCCGCCCUCAUUGGCCACACUCUUCUCCCCGGCUCUCGCUACCGCAGCCACGAGAUCUUCCACAACCUCUGGCACGAUAUCGAGGGUGAUAAUUCCUCUGCCACUGAGUUGGCUUCUGUGUGGAAGUAUAAAAGGAAGUUGAGGGAGCAGAAGCCAUGUCCGAAUUUGACGGCAUUGCAUCGUGAACAUUUUGUGUCACCUGGACUGAAUGGGUUUUUGAUUGUGGAGGCCAAUGGGGGUCUUAACCAGCAACGCUCUGCGAUUUGCAAUGCUGUGGCUGUGGCUGGACUCCUGAAUGCAAUACUAGUUAUACCUCAGCUUGAGUUUCACAAUGUGUGGAAAGAUCCAAGUGAAUUUGGGGAUAUAUAUGAUGAAGAUCAUUUUAUAUCCACACUUGAUGGUUAUGUGAAGGUGGUCAAAGAACUGCCUGAGGCACUAAUGGAGCGGCAUAAUUACAAUAUGACUAAUAUCACUAACAUCAGAGUUCAAGCUUGGGCUCCUGUCAGUUAUUACCUUGGAGUUGUUUCUCCUAUCUUGCAAAAGGAAGGGGUAAUUCGAAUAGCUCCAUUUGCCAAUCGUUUGGCAAUGAGUGUCCCUCCACAUAUUCAAUUUCUAAGAUGUCUUACUAAUUAUAAAGCAUUGAGGUUUUCUUCUUCAAUAUCUGUACUAGGCAAGAAAUUAGUUUACCGAAUGAUUGAGAAGAGCUCAAGGACAGAUGGAAAAUACAUUGCUGUGCAUCUUCGUUUUGAGGAGGAUAUGGUAGCAUUCUCUUGUUGUGUAUAUGAUGGAGGAAAGGCAGAAAAGUUGGAAAUGGAUUCAGUUCGAGAAAAAGGGUGGAGGGCAAAAUUUAAAAGAAAAGACCGUAUCAUUUUACCUGACCUUAAUCGGGUUAAUGGAAAAUGCCCACUAACCCCUCUAGAGGUUGGUAUGAUGCUGCGUGGCAUGGGAUUUGAUAACAAUACUUCAAUAUACUUAGCUUCUGGGAAAAUAUAUCAUGCAGAGAGAUAUUUGGCUCCUUUGAUAAAGAUGUUCCCCAAUCUGUAUACAAAGGAGUCUCUUGCAACAUCAGAUGAGCUUGCUCCUUUUAUGGGCUAUUCCUCCCAAUUAGCUGCACUGGACUACACAGUAUGCUUGUCUAGUGAGGUUUUUGUAACAACUCAGGGUGGUAACUUCCCCCAUUUUUUGAUGGGCCAUAGAAGAUUCAUCUAUGAUGGCCAUGCCAAGACAAUUAUCCCAGAUAAGCGCAAGCUUGUUGUUCUUUUGGAUGACGUGAGUAUUAGUUGGAGAGCUUUCAAGGAUCAGAUGGAAGACAUGCUCACUGAAAGUGACCGCAAAGGAAUCAUGGUACCUAGAGUUAGAAAAAUAAACAGAAAAACUUCUGUCUACACGUACCCCUUACCAGAAUGCAGGUGCCUACAACAGUCUCUUGCCAAUCAAAUUGACCGCAAUCUUGUUAUUCUGGAUGAUUACAACGGAACAAAAGCUUAAAUGGAAGAUAUGUUUCAUUUGUUCAAACAUCUCUGUGCAGUCAUCAGAUUUAUAUCGUUACCAAUUCCAUAGCAUGGUGCUUCAACUUCUCAUUCUGCGGCCUUUUGAAGUUGCUUUCUUGUUUGGCAAGGUGUGGCUAUUCCAGUUAUGAUAACAGGAGAUUGACUGCUGCGACUCUAUGAAGAUUUUGUAUGCAUAUUGUUUUACAUAGUGGGACAGUUUCUAGCCUCCAAUUUAAAGGUUGGACACACUGCACCAACGUGUUCUAUCAAAGGGAUAUAGCAAAACUCAGAGUCAGUUUUUUUUUUUCUAUUUCUGAUAAAUGUUUUUUGAGCUGACAUUACGAUUUAUAUUUUUGUUUCUUGUAUAAAAUUCUUAGGCUUGGAAAAGGAUUGUAAUCUGUUGGGUCAGUGAGUAUUUUUAUUUUGAUCCAUUGUCAGGGAGAUAUCUUUUUGGUCCUUUGGACGAGUGGCUGUGUUUUUCCUCCCUUCCAAGAUUUUCAAAAAUGUAAUUUGUUGUCUUCUGUGUAUAUAUUCUUUUCCUUUAUAUCAUUGACAUUAUCUGAGCUCUUAA